AAUAAAGAAGCGAUAUCUCUGAAUAAUUAAUUGGAUAGUCUACUUUUAAGUUAUUCUGUAGUUUACAACACUACUAACAUAUUAAUGAUAUUAAUUAUUAAUUUAUUAUACAUUUUGAUAGCUUGCGUUUGUGCAGGUGCGACUCCAAUUAGAUUUGAUGAAGAGCAAACAAUAAUUAGCAAUAGAAUCCCUAGUGAGAUUGAAGCAGCAUCUAUAGCCAGAACUUUAGUAUUUCGUGAAUCAUUAACUAAUAUAAAUACAAUUAAAAAGAUAAUUAGUAAUGGAAUUCAUAAAUCAAUUCCAGUAUCUUCAGUAGAAUAUUAUGUGGAUGUAGAUGAAGAUGGUGAUCCAUACUUAUUAUUAGUAGAUAUUGGAUCAACUAAUCAAAAUAUAAUUAAAGGUUCAGAAUUUUCUUUAACAAUUAGAGUCGGAGAUCAUCCUACUAAUGAUGAUGUAAAUGAAGAAUAUCCUGGAGGUAUUGAAAAUUCACCUGCUGGAUCUCCGAGAGUUCAAUUGACGGGGAAAUUAGUUAAUAAGACAUAUAAAAAUCCUUUGGAUAUAGAUUUAAUAAAGUUAGAGACAGCCUUCUUAAGAAGACAUCCUGAUGCUAGAUAUUGGUUACCUAAUUCAAUCGUAAGUCCUCAUAAAUCCCAUUGGGUUAAAUUUAAGGUUGAAGAUAUUUAUUUAAUAGGAGGAUUUGGUGAUAGAGCUUAUAUUGGAUCUAUUGACCCAGAAAUAUAUCACUCUGUUGGUACAAUACCAGAUGCUGAUAGUAGCUUAUAGUAAAAUAUGAUUUAUUUAUUUUGAGAUUUUAUAGCUUGUAAGAUUACUUGUAUUGGUUUAAAAGUAACUAAUCUUAGUAACAUGUAUUAAAUAAUAGGACAUA